CAGUCUCGAACGAUUGUAUGUCGUGUCGGAGAAUUUAUUUAUUUAUUUCUGAAAAAUAUUAGUUGCAAAAUCCAAAUUCCAAGUGCCAUUUAAAUUAGCUAGUGAAUCAUUAUCACAAUGGCGGGUCACGACGGAAACGAAGGUUUGCCAUCCCAAAGCGUCAUGUAUUCUCAAUUGCAGCCGUGGAGCCAGGCUGGCGCCCCGCCAUGCAUGGAGCCCAUUAGUGGGUCGACGGUGCCAUCUCGAGUGGCCGCCUCCUAUGCGACGACGCAGCGGCAUCCGUGGCGACCCAAGAUGGCAUUCGAGAUGAUCGAAGUGAAGCACAUGCCCGAGCAGCCGGUGACCAAUCAGAUGACGCAGCCGUGCUUUGUGCCGCAAGGCAUGAAAACGGAGGGCAUGAUAUUUCCAAAUCUCGUCACUGGCUUCGAGCGCAAUCCCCAACAUGCGGCACGCGCCGCACUCUAUACGCGCUACACCAACAACGAGUGGCAAAACAACAACCUCAGCAUCUAUGGCGAGUCUGACACGAAUCGCAACAUGUCGGAGCGCAUGCGUAAUGAUGCAGUUCGUCUGAUGCGAGAGACAGAUGAAACGGCGUCGAUGGGCCAGCGGGAUGCGGGACGCCGCUUGGGCGAGCGCAUUACUGAUUUGACGUUUUGGCGCAACGAGCUGAACGCUGAGCUGGAGAAGCUCAUCAGCGAAAUGUCCGACAUCAAUGACUUGCAGCGGCAGUGCAGCAAAGCGAUGCUGGAUCUGGAGAUUCCGCUGCACAUUGCACAAGAGUGCCUGUUCCAUCGCGAGGGCCGUCAGGGCAUGGAACUAGUGCACGACAUUGUGGAGAAGGCGCUGCUGCUGGAGAUCAACCAUUUGCGCAAUUCGCGUGACCGUCUCAGCGGGCUGCACGAGAAGAUUGCCAAGCAGGCCAUCGAUUGCCGUGGCGCCCAGCAUCUGCUGGAGAUUGAUGUCACGCAAAAGGAGUCCACAAUGGGCAUCGACUCGAUGUGCCAUCGCUUGAACAACUAUAGCCGUGGCAUCACCUACUACGGUGGCAUUGAGAAGUACGAUCCGACUGUCAGCACACAGGAUUCCUGGGCACUUGCCAGCAGCGAGCACGUGAAGCGAUCUCAGGCAGAGCGGGCUAAGCUGUCGCAGCUACGCAGCGAUUCUCAGAAUGUGGUCAAUGCUGUGGCUGCUUCCGUCUGGGACUUCUGGAAUAAUACGAACAAUGCGCUGGAUAGACGAGCACAGGAAAUGGCCGGCGCCAAGAGUCGCGUUCAAAUGCAUCUACAAAAGGUCCAACAGGAACUGUUCGAUAUGGAGAAGCACCUGUUUCUCUUGCAGAAGGCCAUACAGGACAAGUCGAAUCCACUUAAGGUCGCCCAGACACGUCUCGAGGCUCGGUCCCAUCGCGAGGGCAUGGAGCUGUGCAAGGAUACGGCUCAUGAUCGUCUCGUGAUGGAGGUGCAGGACUUGCAGAACACCGUUGAUGUGCUACAUCAUAAGCUGCAAGAGGCGGAGGCCACUCAUCAAUCGCUGCUCAAGACGCGCUGCAUGCUGGAAGAGGAUUUGCGCAAUAAAGUGAACGCUUUGUUUAUCGAUCGUGAGAAGUGCAUGAGCUUGCGGCGCUCUUUCCCCAUAACUAACUUAAUUAAAUAUUGAAAUGCGUGUUUCAUAUCUUUUGUCAAUUUAAAAUUUUACCACAUAGUCCCUAUGUCGAGUGUAGUCCUUAAAUACAAAAUAUCUGUGCAUAAUUAA